AUGAGGAAGAAAUUAUGGAAGGCAUUGAAUGGAUUGCUUUGCGUCUACAAACCAGUUGAUUUGUCCGUUAUGGGAUUAAAGAAGCAGAUAGUCAAACGGAUUUGUACCGAUGGUAAUGAAGUUGUGGGAUUUCCACGGUUGCCAACGAUUAAAAUGCCGGUGGUAGAACCUCACGAGAAGUCCGGAGCACUCGUUGUAGUCGGAGAACGUGAAGUAGAGGAUUACACAAUGCAUCCUCUUGUGUCUGGUGAUGCUUUCCGACCAGAAGAUAUUAGAUUGGAGGAAGUUCAUCAGAUGGAGAGUACAUCAUCCGGAAUUUGUCAUCAUGUCACUCGUCACAAAUUGGAGAAAUUAAUAGCUCGUAUUCAGUCAGAUUAUCGAAAAAGAGCGUUCGAAACAGCAGAGGUGGACCUGCAGGUCCGUUGGGUUUCGCUUCAUGUUUUACGGAGCGAAGAAGCCUUUGACUUGGCUCGCAAAGGGAUUCCAAGAGCACGAUUGUUCGGAACACAGAUAAUCUACGAAUGUUCAGUGAAAUAUUUUCAUUUGCCGGCCUCUCUUGGACCAUUCCAUUCAAGUCAUGCAUUGCUAGAGAAGCAGAUAUCACUGCAGAACAUUCUCCGGAAUAUAGAACUGUGCAGGAGAAUAAUGAACAGUUUGGGUAAGGACGAAGGAGUUGUUUACGAGAAUAAUUCACCUUACGAAGAGGUCAGAGAAGUUGUAGACGGACUUGAUUUGCAUAUAGAUCGUGAAUAUGAUGCGAUGAGACCUGUUUGGCCAAGAAAUUAUACUUGA